AUGUCUCCAAUAAUCCUAGUUCGCUGCGUCGUCUUCCCGAGCGCCUUCACAAGGGCCUCAUUUGCUCGAUUCAUGAGUUCUGGAGCUUCGUCAAAAAAUCCACUAAAGCAGUCUAAGAACACUGGUAAAGAAGCCCGAGAAAAAUUGAACAACCCCGUCGACGCCGUGUCUCCACAACACAUGGAAAAGCCGUCCAAAGAUGCGACAGGGAACAAGGAAGGGAUCGGUAUGGUUGAUCAGGUUGGGAGCCAGAGUUCGACUGCCAAGAAAAAUCAGGGAAAGUCGUCAAAGUAG